UAAAAAAUGCGCGUCGUAUUUCUGCUAGGAUUCUUGGCUAUAGCUGCUCUUGUGGGCGGUACCCCUCUAGCAGACCCGGGUGUGGAAGUUAGUCUAGGAUAUCAUGACAAGGUCGGGAUUCCGCUGGCAGCCAGGAUUAAGGAUCAAGAAGACAAGUUAGUCCUCAACAGCGCACGUGCUUACGACGGAAGGAUCAUCGGCGGUGCUGUUGCUCCUACUAACGCUUAUCCUUUCUUGGCUGGUCUGAUCAUCAGUUUCGUGAACAUAGCCGGUCAGUCUGCGUGUGGGUCCUCCGUGUUGUCCGCCAGCCGACUGGUGACGGCCGCGCACUGCUGGUUCGACGGCACCCGGCAAGCCAGCCACUACACCGUGGUGUUCGGCUCCCAGUUCCUGUUCUACGGCGGCACGCGGGUCGUCACUUCCACUGUCGUCAUGCACCCGCAGUGGACGCCUUCCACCCUGCACAAUGAUAUUGCUAUCAUCUACCUCCCGACGCCUGUACAAUUCACUGCGAACAUCCAACCUAUUUUCUUGCCAACGUGGGACAUGUUGAACGACCAAUUCGCGGGUCAGUGGGCCAUAACCGCGGGGUACGGAAUAACUAGUGACCAGGAGAGCAGCAUCUCGUUGGACGCCAGCAUUAGACACGUGAGUCUGCAGGUGAUCAGCGUGGCGCAGUGCCAGCGGGUGUACGGGAUCUACGCCCAGGCCAGCACCAUCUGCACCAACGGCGCUGGCGGCGUGGGGAUCUGCGGCGGGGACUCCGGAGGCCCGCUGCUCGUCAACAGGAACGGAAUCAAUUAUUUGGUCGGUGUGAGCUCGUUCGCGGCCAAAAAUGCUUGCCAGCAGGGACACCCCUCCGGCUUCGCCAGGGUCACCAGCUUCUACAACUUCAUCAUGCAGCAUAUGUGAUGAACUCAUGUCGAUCUACAGCAGAGAAAUCAGACAGAAAAUCUAUGAAGCUGUUUAAAUUGAAAAAAGUAAAUUUAAUUGAUCCAAUAUACUUAUAUGAAAAUAUUU